GCUCACCUUAAAAUAGUUUAAAAAAAAAAAAAAAAACUGCAAAACCUGUUGGGUGCACAAUAUCAGCAGUGGGAAAUCGGAGCAGGCUUCAAUAUUCAAUAUCAGAUCCAAUGAAACAUAUCGUGAAGAUUUUGGCGUUCUUGCUUGCAGUAACUGCUGUUUGGAUAGGCUUGUUGCAGACAUCAACUAUUCCGGAGAGCUAUACCUGGCUGUUGCCUCUAUACCUCAUUGUGUCCCUUGGUUGCUAUGGUCUGUUAAUGGUUGGUGUUGGUCUAAUGAAUUUUCCCACAUGUCCUCAAGAGGCUCUUUUCUUACAGCAGGAUAUUGUUGAAGCCAGGGAAUUCUUGAAGAAAAAAGGGGUAGACGUCGGUUCUGAUUGAAUGUUGUUUAAGUCGCGAUCACGGUUAUUUAACAUAUGGAGAAACACAGUUACUGAAGAUGAAAAAUACAGUCAGUAGUAUGCUUCAAGUAGAGGAACAUAACUCUCAAUCUUCUGAUGCCCCAUCUACGCCAGUCGACAACUAACUUCCCAAGUUAUCACCCGACUCGAAAAUGUUUCUUUUUUGUUCAAAAUUUUUUCAUAACAAUAUUACUUUUGGGGUUCUGUUUUGAGAUAGAACAUUUACAUCAUGAUCAUGAUGGGGGUACCUUUUGAGCCAUUAAGGCUUCAAGCUAGUAGUUGAAGUCAAGACCAAGAGAACAAGAGGCAUUGAUUUUUCUUGGCUCUUUUUUGGUUGUUUUACCAGUCUUUAAGCUUCUAUUUUUAGCACUUAUGUUUUGGUUAAUCCUUUGAUUGAAAUCCUUGAGCCGAG